AGCUGCGACUUACUCCUCUGCCUUCUGCUCAUCCUCCCAGCCACCAACCACUUGAAGGCCUGGCAUUCUCGGAAAUCGCCCUCGUCUCCGUUCCAUCUUUCUUCCUGCAAACCCUCGCUCCACCCCGCCCCUGCAUGCGCCUUUCCUCUUCAUAGUCUGCAUCCAGCUCUCCCUGUAUCAUUAGAUCUCUGCACCGGGUAGUACUCGUGGUUCGCCCACCUUGCUCGCCUGCCUGCAUUGCCCUACCCAUCGACUCAUUUCCUUGCACCAAUCAUGGAUAGCCCUGAGUGGGAUUCCGUUCUUCAGUUUGUCUCCGACCCCGCCGAGGGAACAUCCCCUGCGCCUGAAAAGCGCGUGACGGAGAGGUCCGCCGUUCCCACCACUCCGUCCCAGGUGCCCACUCCACCCGACUCCAGCAAAGGCACCCCGACCGAGCUCGUCCCCGACCUCUCCUCCGUCGUCUCAGUCUCCACCACCUUCUUCCCGGGCGCGAACCUCAACCCCAUCCCGCCCGACCUCAUCUUCCUCUCCUCAGAUGCCGUCUUCUUCUACGUCCACUCGCACCAGGUCCUCGGCGCUUCCGACAACGGCUUCCGCGGCCUCCUCCCCGCCAAGCCCCAAUCGCACAAGUCCAACUCGGCCCUCAAGGCUCUCGGCCUCUCUGACGACCUCGGGCCCAUCAUCCCCGUCCCCGAACCUGCGACCGUGCUCAACGUCGUGCUGCACACCAUAUAUGCGCACUCGUGCGCACACUACUCUCCUGCGCUCGACACGCUAUGCGCCGCCGUCGAUGCGCUCCAUAGGUACGGUGUCCCGCUCUCGCGCCACUGCGCCCCCGGAACGCCGCUUUACGCACUCCUGCUCGCGCACGCUCCCAUCGCGCCGAUCGAGGUGUAUUCGCUCGCAGCGCACUACGAUCUCUACGAACUCGCGGUACCCGUCUCGAGCCACAUGCUCGGCUUCCAGCUCGCGACGCUUACGGACGAGGACGCGGAGCGUAUGGGCUCGACGUACCUGAAGCGCUUGUUCUUCUUGCACCUCGGCCGGAUCGACGCACUGAAGCGGCUUCUGCUCCCCCCACCGCACCUGCACGCGCCGACGCCGGGGUGCGAUUUUGUCGAGCAGAAGAAGCUGACGCGCGCGUGGGCGCUCGCAUCGGCGUAUCUUGCAUGGGACGCUAGGCCUGAUUUGUCCACGGGUACCAUGGAGAGUGCGCUGUGUCCUCUUGGAGAGCACCUCUCGUGCGAUAUUUGCCAGAAGGCCCUGCGCGAACGCAUUCAGCAGCUCAUCUUGCAGUGGUCCGUAGUCAAAAGGACCAUAUGACGGAAUCACCCGACAAAUAGAGUCGUGGGACGGGAGGUUGAACGAAGAAGGAGAGUCCGGUCGACGCACGCGUCGUGCACGUUUCUCUCCUCGCCGAAGCCCGGACCCACAGACGCCGCCAUAUAAUUUAUUCUUAACGCACAUCAACAGACUCGCAAUGACGCGCUGGCG